AUGACUGAGCAGCUAACCGGCUUCUUGGACUUAGUCACGACUUCACGAACAUCUGGAUCUGAGCACGCCACUGGGCAACUAUCGAGUGGUUCCGCUGACGAUGAAGCUGCCGUCUCUGUCACGGGUUCUGGUGCUUAUGAUAGUUCUAUUGACAGCAACUCAAACCUGAAAUCUAGUAAGCGCGAUAUCACUUCAGAUCUAAGAGAGACAUACUUUGGUGUCGUUGAUCUCCACCUCCUAUGUCCCUCUAAUGUUUGA